UCUUGCAGGAGAAACGCCCACCAGAAAGAGUAUGACAUGGCUCUGCAGGGUCUUCCUCCACCUCUGAUCCGGGUGGAACGAGGUCUCAGCUGAAGCAGGACAGGUUCUGUUGAGCCCAAAGCCAGAUGGAAGACUUUGAUUUCAGCUUGGAGAUCAGUGACCGAGACUGGGAGUGCUUCUUUGCAGAGUGUGAAGAGUGCAACCUGCAUCCUCCAUCAUUGGCACGUGUGGACGAUUCAGGAAUGAGUGAUUUCGAUGACUCUUUUCUCACCCAGAGAUCCCGAAAAGUUGACCUGACACCAAGUUCCCCAGUGUCUGACCUCCCUGUCAGCAGCCCUGCAGAAGACGCUGGCUCUCCUGCUGCGGUGCAAGGCUUUGGUAAAGAUGAGAGCAGUGGAUUUGAAAGCGUUCUCUCGGGUAGUGAGGAGGACAUACACCUUCAGUCUGUCAACAUAUUUUUUGAAAGGCUAAAAGAUCUAGGAGAGGCAGAUACGAGCCAAGAGACAGAUGGAAACAACAAAGUGACCAAAAAAGAGGAACAGCAGGUCAGUGGAAGGACUCUGCCAAAAAGUUUCCCUAAGUCAAACACCUCACCUGAUAGGGUGGAAAAUGCAUUUGGCAAAGAGUCUCAGAGGCCCAUUGACUCCAAUGGAAACAUCAACACAAUGAAAAUAGUUACAGCUGAGUCCAAUUUUUUUUCAGAACCUGAAACCUGCAGCACCUCUUCCCUAAGUUUCUGUAAAUCACCAGGAACAGAGUUAUACAUAACAGAGGAAGACUUCACAGACAGCGUACCAGAUGAUGAAGCACAGUACAAUCUACUUCACGACUCAGCAGAGAGCGUUUUUGGCUCAGACACAAAUGCUCAGUCCUGCAGAUUGGAAAUGUGGAGAAGUAUGGAUGACAUCGUCAAGCAAGAUUUGCUGACAAGUCCGGAAACUUUCUGUAAAAGGUGCAGCAGCAGAGAAGAUCAGGUGUCGACCCCUGAGGGGUCUCAGUUAGUCUCCAUGAGGAGGAAGAGGAGGAAGAAGAGAAGACUCAGUCUGGAGGCAGGUGAAGGUGGACAUCCUUGCGAGAGGCACUCAAAGGGGGAGCAGUUCACGGUAAAAGAGGAAAGACGUUUGUUUUUAUCGACGGAGAAGCUUGAUUUUAAAGAACAACAGAAAAAUCUGACGUAUGUUCUGACUCCCAAUCCCACCGCCAUCAAGUUCCCAGAGAAUUUCUCUGCUCAGGAGAUAAAAAUUGAACUCUCCCUGUCUGUUUCUCCGAGUGACAAUCAAUGCCAACAAUCUCCACUAAGAACAUGUGCGUUUGGCAAUUAUCCCACCAACCACACACCCAGCCCCCCCCUGAGCCAAAGUGAUGACAUUGCUAAUGAUGCAGCAGAUUUACAGCCAAACAGUGAGUUUCAGGUUACAGAAUCACCUGGUUUGUUUGAAAAAUCAUUCUUGCCAGGUUCUGGUGCUGAAGUGGAAACAGAAAAGUCAGAAAGUCAGAAGCAGGAAGAAGAAUCUGCCAAACUUCAGCCGUCUGAUGAAAGAAAUGUGUCGCUCAGUGACUGUGAAAAUGAACAAAAUGUAAAACAUUCAACAGCAGAAGUCAAAUCACUCAACACUUUACCGGCUGCAGGGUCAUGUGCUCUUGCUAUGGAAGUUUUCCAAAAUGACAAACUAUCCUCUGCUAUGUCAGACCUGGCCACAGAGACUGGAAAUUCUGGCCUGGACAAAUGCACAGCAUGUCAAAAUGAUUCUGAACAUCAAGAACAGCUGGAGAGUGUUGGUCCAAACACAAAUCAAAAUAGCUCUGCAGAGGACCACACUCACCUUUCUGUGCACACAACUGGAGGGAUCAUUUCUUUUCACCCAAAGGCAUUCCACAGCGAGACUUUGGAUGAAGUUAUCGACACUUACUUAACAUCAGAGCAUCUUGAAAGGUUGCCUAAUGAAAGUUGUUUGUCUGGAGAUAUUUCUUGUUUCGAAUCAGACCAACGACUAGAUCUGUCAGAGGCUUUGACUUCAAACGUCGAUUCAGAGAAAAACAAAAAAGAAAAAUCUGAAAUAUUGGAUUCAACAAGCAACAUUCAGACAGAAAACGAAGCUUCCCAAAGAGAAAACUUCCAAGCCAGUCCUUCAGAUAUCAUGCAUGUGUCAUCCAGUGUCUCUCUGGAUGCAGAAUCUGUCCUUUCACUUUAUAAUGAAAAUAAGUUUCUCAUUUGUUCAUCUAUUAUUGAGCAGGAAUCGGAUCAAGCUGUAGAAGGGCGGCCCAAUCUUUUGUCUGAUAAAGAAGUACACCAUGCUUCUUCUGGAUCCAAAAGCCAAGUUGAAUCAACGCUUGACUUGGCAAACGAAGCUGCACAGGUCAUCACUGAAUCCACAGAAAUUGAAAAACCGGAGAAGAUGCCAAACUCUGUGUUUGCCAUGUCUUCAUUUUGGAGGGAGAUGGAGAAACUGACAAUAAACGACAUUUUGGGUCUACGAAACGAGGGAAAAUUUUCUCUACCAGACACACUUCCAGCUGUUAAAGAAAGUGAGGACACAGCGGAAGAUUCAGGCAUUUAUAUUGAAGACGAGGAUUCUAAGCUGGUAGAUGCUACAGAGGAAAGAUGUGAGGCUGUUUUGUCGUGCCCACAAACUCUUACCUGGCAAAGACAACCUGUGCUAAUAAUCCAAAAUCCAGACAUUUGUCCAGAGCGCACUGUGUUGGAACCUGAGACAUUUUCAUCUCAACCUGUCCUCAGUGAAAGGGCACAUAAAUGCCUUAAGAAGAUUUCUAAAACAGUCAGUGUGCACAAUUUACAGGCUCUGGAAUCAGAGUCUUUUAGCUACAGGUGCAAAGAGGAUGCAGUACAAAUCUUGGAAGAGCAGGAUCCCGAAAAGUUGACAUAUCUCACCGGGACUGCAAAAACAGAGAAAGACACUUUACCUUCAUCCUCAACAAACAGCUACAACAUCUCAUUCGCAGACAUAUUUCAGUAUUUCUUUGGAGGCAAAGAGUCAGCUUCCAGCCAGUCACCAGAAGAAGAUUCACCCACCUUCUACGCCGGUGGAAAUUCUGUCCCUGAAACAUACGAUCAUUUCUUUUCAGAGUUUGAUGAGGAGAGCUUCUUCUACCCGCUCUUAACAGCAGAAGAGAAAAAUGAAGAUAAGCCAGUUCCUAUAUUCUCAUACUCUCGCUCAACUAGAAACUUCCAGUUCCCAGAGGCCUAUGAGCAUUUCUUUGCAUCCUCCUCAUCUGAUGAUUCCUCCUCAGAAUCUGAGGAAGAAGAAAACUGUCGCCCUGUCAAGGUGGUGAGCAGGUUCAGCCAUAAGGUGAACUCCACGCAUGUUACCACCGAUAUAUAUGAGAAUUUCUUCACGGAUGGCGACAUCACAGGGGAUCUCUUCUCUUUGAGUUCACUCUCCUUCCGAAAGAUUAGCUUCAAACCAUCUACGACCCAGGAGGGGACAAAGUCACUCGUCCCUGUAAGGCAGAGCUCCAGACACCAGUUUCAGAAUAUUGAGUUUCCAGUAAACGCGCUGGGCAAUCCAGAUGUGAUGUUCCCCGAUCCACUGCUGUACCACCUGGAGGAAAGGAUCUCCAGACAGCUCGCACUGGAGCAAUGCAGAUAUGAAGGCUUGGAGGUGGCUGUUUCUAAUCCAAGGUUAGAUGCCCCCCUCCUGCCUCUGAACCAGUCGGAUAUGUGUUUGGUUUGUAUUGCUUUUGCAUCAUGGGUGCUAAAGACUGCUAAUCCUCAAAUUGGUGAUGCCUGGAAGGCCGUUCUGCUGGCAAAUGUAAGUGCCCUGUCAGCCAUCAGAUACCUGCGCAAGUAUGUCAAAGUAGAGGCGGCACCCACUGAGACGAGGUCCCGCCUUCCUGCUCUGACAGAGUCUUGAUCUUUCUGCAUCUAAACAAACUGUGAUCUCUUUCCUAUAAAUCUCCUAUAAAUUUCCUAUAAAUCUAAAUCUUGAUGAAUUUGUGCUUCCAAAACCUGACAUAGAUUUUACCUCAUUAUCAGAGCUCUGCUGAGCUUAGCUGUUUCCUAGUGAUACGGUUUAGCCUUUUGAUUCAGAUGUUUAAGAGAAAGAUCAAAUCUAAAAGCUGCAGGACACCAGCCCUCCAGAGAAUUGUGCUGAAGUUCUGUUGAUGUUUCUAAGAUUUCAAUUUCAGGCUCUUUAAUUUUGAUUCUGAAUCCUGUAAAACCUGAGAGCAUUUGUAUGAGGUUUAAAAUGACCAAAGAUUAAAAAAAGAAAUUUGUUAAAAAUUAAGUUUGAGAAAUUUGUAAAUAAUAUUUCUGAAAGAAGAAGAGAGGCAGGUUUUCUCUGAGCUGUACAGACUUGGGAUGACAGAUGAAUGUGUGAUAAAUAAAUGUAAAUUUGAAGCA